UAACGAAUAGAGUAGUGCAGGGACAAUAUUUAAUAUGGCUACCUGACGUGUAUCAGCCGCGCGCGACAGCAGACGAUGCAACUUAUCUACCUACAUCGACUCUGUCUUGGGCAGGUGGUAUGCGUGGGAAAGAAAAGGUGGUGUUUGCGUGUUCGCGACUGUAAAUAGGGAUUAGGGAGGUCGACGAGUCGUUUCGAUAGUAUUUGAAAAAAGUGACUGAAAUCACGUCAACCUAGGCUGGCUAAGGCUGCUGGGAGCUUGCAAGCAAUAACGUCGCCCGUCGUCGUGGGUGGCCAACUUGAAGAGCUGCUCCACUCGGCCGUGGGCCAAAAGCUCUGCAGCCGAGCUCGCCCCAGCCGCAAUGAACGACAGCCACCAAGCUGACCUCCCUCCUCAUCCUGAUGUCUCCACCAUCAGCGCUCCAGGCGAUGUCGACCGCCUUGACGACGCUGUCGACCCAAGAGUCCAAAUUGAACUGGAACGACUUAACACGGCUACCGAUGAUAUUAACAAACUUGAGGUGGACUUGGAUGAAGCAAGAGCCACAUUCAGAGAGUUAUUGUGUGAAUCAACUUACAAAAUUGAGAGUUUAUCCAAAAAGUUAGGAUCUUGUAUAGAAAAGUCUCGACCAUACUAUGAUGCUCGGUUUAGAGCAAAAGAAGCUUUAACAGAAACUCAAAAAGCUGCUAUAAAAUUUGAAAGAGCCAAUAGCCAACACGCAGCUGCUAAAGAAAUGGUUUACCUAGCUGAGGAAGGAUUGAGAACUGAAGGCAGAUGUUUUGAUCAUGCUUGGCAGGAAAUGUUGAAUCAUGCAACCUCUAGAGUAAAUGAAUCUGAACAUGAAAGGGCAAUUUGUGAAGUGGAACACAGGCGAACUACUGCAUUGUAUCAUAAAACUGAAUAUGAAGUUCAAAGGUUACAGAGAGACUUGAAAAGAACAAUUGCCAAGUCUAGUAUGGGUGCACGCCGCAGUUUGCUUCUGAUAAACAGUAUUGCCUACAGGCACAACUUACUGAUGUUGCCAUACUAUGAAAUGAAAGCCCAUUUCAACCAAGUUCUAGAGGAACAAAAAUUAAGAGUAAGUGCACUUGAAAAAUCAGUUUCUGAUGCCAAAAUGACUUAUGCAGAAGCUUUGCGGAAUUUAGAAAGAAUAAGUGAUGAAAUUCAUAGAACUAGGAAGUAUGAUGGUACAAAUAAUUGCAAUAAGCAAGUAGAUGAAUCAAAAAAUACAUCUUCUAAUCCGUCAAAUUCAACUGGAUCCAGUACUACUGAGUCACCUGACAGUACUGAUUACACAAGUGAUGAAUAUUUACGCCUUCCUGAUAAAAUGAAUUACAGUGUAAGCUCUACUAUUUCAGUGGGAGAGAAUAAUCCAUUAACUUCUGAGUACAUUGCUAAAAGCACCAUAAACAUGUCAUCAACAGAGCCUAGAAAGUAUAUUAAACGAGAUAGACCUCGUAGUAUAGCCACUACUGAUGCCAAACAUAUCACAAAUGUUCAAAAUCAAAUUAGUGCUUCUACAUCAAUUUUACCAGAUAUUACCAAAGUUAUUUCGCCAAUAGAAAAGAAGGUCACAAUUCAUCUGCCUGAAAAUAACAAAGAAACUAAUGGUAUACCAAAUGGGGAUGAAUGGACUGAAAUUAAUUUAAACAAAUCACCAGAAGAAGUGCGCUGUUAUAAUAAAAAUACUUAUUCUGAUGAAGAGGAUCCAAUUCCUUAUAAACCUUUGGGUACAGACUUGAGUCCAGAAGUCACACAAACUGGCAAUGAAUCUAGUGAAUGUGUUAAACGAAAGAAACUGGUUUCACAAAAAUCAUUACCUGCUAUGACUGAAAAAAAUGAAAUAAGUUUGAGUCAAGAAAAAAAGGCACAAAUUACCAGGAGUCCUUCUUUUAAAAGGAAGGGAAAAUUAGAUAGCUGUAUUGCUACAUGGCUAUCACGUAACUCUAUAGGUAGUGAAGCUAGUGCUGAAAGCUCUACUAAUUCUAGUCGAAGACAGUCUUUAGAUGUAUUAUGGAAUUCAGGAACUAGUGAACGUGUUAAAGAACUACUUAGUCAAGGAAUGAUGAUGCUUAAUAUUUCAAAUAUAACUGAACGACGAUUUAGCGAAUCUAAAUUGGCGGAAAUUGAAAAAGAAGAAAGAAUUGAGAAAGACAAGGUAGAGAUAAAAGGUAAAAAGGUUCCCAGUCCUCUAGAAAAAACAUUAAAUUAUUUAAAUGCUGAAGAUGAAACUUCAGAUAGUGAAAGUAUGACCAGUGUUGAAAUGUUGUCAGAAGAUCAGAUAUCUUCCCUAAUGAUGGAACCUGAUAUAAAUCAAGUAUGUCAAGAGAUUCUGGGAACACCUCUAGUCGAAGUCUGUCCAUUGUUGCAACAACUUCAACACCAACAGUAACUUAUAUUUAAAAUUGUUGUUCAAAAAUAGAAUUAGUAAGAAUUCCUUGGGUUAUAGUUCACUGCAAACUGAUAUUCAGUAGCAUAUUCUUAAACAUUUCUGACUCAACUAUUUACUGAUUCUUCAUCAAAAUCAAGGUUUAUUAUAAUUUGUUAAUUGUUAAAUUUUUUAAGAAAUGUGUUAUUUAUUUGGUUUUUAACAAAAAUUUAGUUGGUACUGAGUGAAAAUGUCGAUAAAAUCUUGAUUUAAAUCAAGCUUUAGUUGCAAAUGUUGUUUAUAAGAUAAAAAAAACUUUUUCAUUUACAAAUUUAUUGUAAAUAUUCUUAGAAUUCCUGGUAGCCAAUUUUAAGGUUUGCUAUAUAAGGUGAUAUGCUAUUAUUUAAUUAUUAUAUUACACAAAGUAUCACAAAGUAGUAACUUUGAGUUUUGUAAAAAGUUGAACUUUGAAAAGUAUUGUGAAUGAUUUGUAGUUUAUAAAAGCCUAAUAUUCUUAUUCUACUUGUUAAAAAUGAAAUGUCUGAUUAAAUUUUAUUUAUA